UUUUUCAGUUGAGAAUUAAAGAUUUUAGAGAGAUUUCAAAAAGUGGAUAUUACACAAGAAAUUUAUUCUAUAUUGAAGUUUUAAAAUAAUACAAUUUGGUCUUCUAACGGGAUGAUGAGUUAAAUAAUGAUGUAAUUUAUUCACAAAUACUGCUUUCUAAAAAUCACCUCCAUUUUUAAAGUGAAAUAAUUUUAUUUUACAGAGUGCUUAAACGUUGCACCGUCACAAAAGCCCAAUAUUUAUACCAACAUGUUAAUAUCUUAAUUUAAGAUUUUAAAUUUGUCUUGCAUUUGUGACCUUUAGUUUUACUUUCGUUAGUUUGUGACUAUUCUUUUUUACUUCUUCUUUUUUCUGCUGUUUAUCAAAUCAAACUUUUUUAUUAUUAAUGUGCCCUGUCAAGUUAUUUUCUUUAAAUUUUCUAUUAAGACUCGAACAAGCAACAAAACAUUGCCAUAAAUUCGCCUUUUAACUCAAAACGUCACAUGCAGCAAUGGAUUGUGGGUAAUGCAGUUCGCCAAAGUCCGCCUGCAACUACUGACAUGGUUUUUCAAAGUCUUGCUAACAUUUUUAGUCUUGAACGCUCACAAAAAAGGUAAAACUUCCGGUUGAAAUAUUUGAUUUAGAAAUAAAAGAGACAGGAAAAAAUGUUCCGAUUUCUUUCACAAAAUAAAUAUUUUUUCUCCUUCUGUUGUUACGUUUGUAGCUGCGUUUUACUCUGAAUUAAAUUAUUUUUUAGUUUAUUUUAGUUUUAUGUUUUGAUGCCCUGCGGGCUGUAGUACACAUCAUAGACUGAAGGGGGCCAAAGAUGGACGCUGCCUAUAUCACCAUGGCAACAGACUUUGUGAACAUAAAGAAAACAAAAGAAAAAAACACAAAUUUUCUUAGGACCUUAUUUUGAAAGCCCUUAACGGAAGUUAACAGUAGAGAUAAGCUGACAUGAAAACUAGCAGCGGGUUUCCUGCUUGGCUCAAAAAGAAAAUGUCCCCCUUCCCGGUGUGUCCCCGCCGCAGGUAAGGACUCUGUCUCCUCCUUGUUCGCUGUCUUUGUCUCUCAGUGUCUCUGUCUUUGUCUCCCAGGUGAUUGUCAUGGACGGACCGGACCAUCCGGGUCGGUUCUGCCGGGUCAGCGAACCAUCGCAGACGUUCCGCUUCCUGGACCAGGCGCUGGAGGUUCUGCGGGGCUUCAGCGAUCAGCGCCAGCAGACCCGGUUCUGUGACGUGGUUCUGGUGGCGGCGGGCCGGCGGUUCCGGGCCCAUCGGGCCCUGCUGGUCGUCUGCAGCCCCUACUUCCGGGCCAUGUUCACCCUGGGCAUGAGGGAGGAGCUCCAGCCAGAGGUGCAGCUGGUGGGCGUGUCCUCUGUGGGCCUGGAGGCGGUUCUGGACUUCCUGUACAGCGGACAGCUGCAGCUGGACGGACAAAACGUCCAUGACGUGCUGGAGGCCGCGCACCUUCUGCAGCUGUGGCGUGCCGUGGAUUUCUGCUGCCAGUACCUGGAGCAGCAGGUGAGCGAGGAGAACUACCUGGACCUGCAGCAGCUGGCCCGGUUCUACAGCCUGGAGCGGCUGGACAGCUUCAUCGACCGCUGGGUUCUGGCCCGGUUCUCCAGGCUCCGCCUCACUCCAGACUUCCUCCAGAACCUUCCGCUGCACAAGCUGACCUAUUAUCUGUCCAGCAGCCAGAUCCAGUACGACAGCGAGCAGAACCUCUUGCAGGCCGCUCUGCAGUGGCUGGGCCAGAACACGGACCGGACUCCCCAAGCCAAGCAGCUGCUGACCCACAUCCGGUUCCCUCUUAUGCCGGCCGGAGACCUGGUGGGCUGGGUUCUUCCGGCAAUCCGGGCCCAGCUGCCCGACGGAACUGGCUGCCAGCAGCUGAUGGAGGAGGCUCUGAGGUACCAGGCCCGGCCCAGCGCCCAGCCGCUGCUGCAGACGGACCGAACCGCGCUGCGGGGCGGGGUGGAGCGGCUGCUGCUUAUUGGUGGAGAGGUGGGCGAGCCGGGCCAGGACCUGAGCGGCAGCAUGUGGCGGCUGGACGGCGAGUCGGGCCGCUGGGAGCUGCAGGCGCAGCUGCCUGCGCCGCGCAGCCACCACUGCCUGGCGGUUCUCGGGGGCUUCAUCUACGCCGCGGGCGGCAGCGCCUCCAGGGACAACGACGAAGACGCCGCCUGCGACCGGCUGCACCGCUACGACCCGCGCCUUGAACAGUGGACCGAGUUUGCGCCGAUGAACCAGCGACGGGUCGACUUCUACCUGGCAGCCGUUGGCGAGUCGCUGGUCGCCGUGGGGGGCAGGAACGCCGGCGGGGCGCUGGCGUCCGUCGAGUUCUACCGCCCUGCCGAGGACCGCUGGGCCUAUGGGCCGCCGCUGCCCAGGCCCACCUAUGGCCAUGCCGGCGCCGUCCACCAGGGGGCGAUCUACAUCUCUGGGGGUCACGACUUCCAGAUUGGGCCGUACCGGCGGGACUUGCUGAGCCUAGACCUGGCCCGGCCCGGCGAGGCCUGGCGGAACCGCCCGCCCAUGUCCGUGGCCCGCGGCUGGCACCGCAUGGCAUCACUGCGCCACCUCGUCUACGCCAUCGGGGGCAGUGACGACCACGCCGACACCGCCGAGCGCUUCGACAUCCUGGAGGCCGAGUUCUUCGACCCGCGGUCGGAUCAGUGGACCCGAGCGGCGCCGCUACUGCGGCCCGGCAGCGAGGCGGGCCUGGCGGUCUGGGCCGGCAGGAUCUACGUGCUGGGCGGCUACAGCUGGGAGAGCGCCGCCUUCUCCCGGGUCACGCAGGUGUUCGACCCGGAUGCCGGAUUCUGGUCCCAAGGGCCCGACUUGCCCAUGCACACCGCCGGCGCCGCCGCCUGCGUGUGCAUUGUCAGGGCGGAACCGCCGCGUCCGGAACAAGAGAAGAAGGAGCCGGGCUGAGGAGGUGGGAGAGCAUCGCCGCCUUAGUUGCGCUGAUUCUGCUGCUGCUGGGUCAGAACCACUGGAACCAUGAGUUCUGCUCUAUAACUUAUGCACAUUUUAUUCUCUAUUAGAACCAGGCCCAGUUCAUCUGCUGCACGUCUACCGGGUCGGGUCGGUCCACCCAGCUGCCGCUUAACCUUCAUUGAUUAUUGCAGAAAUGCCUUCAAGACUUUUAUUGUGAAAGAGCAGAAACAGGAAACCAGCUUCUUCAGAUUUAUUUAAGAUCAAAGGAAGAAACAAUCUGAUCAGAUGUUUGCUUUUUAAAAUGUUUCCAGGAGAACUAAAGCGCUGCAGACGGUUCUGUUCCGGAGCGGUCCAGAACCACGGGAAGGAAGCAGGUCUGCAGGUCCAGACAGAACCAAGUAGCUUUUGAUACCUUGUGGUUCUGUCUGGACCUGCUGCCAGGCAUGGUAGUGGCAGCAUCAUGCUGUUUGAGCUGAAUUGAAUCCAGGUCUGUGGUUCCGGGUCAGAGGUCAGAACAGACUUUGUUUUUUAGCUCUAAGCAGAAACUCUGGAAGAAUCAAAGUAUAAAAAAUUAAUCGGGCGGUUCAUCAGAACCAGCCAGACUGGACCUUUACACUCCAGAGGCGUUUAUGUGCUCAGUACUGUAAUAAAAGCAUCAGAACCACCAGAA